AUGAAUGAGCAAUAUAAUGACCAAGAAAGUGAUAUCGGAACACUCAUAGACAAAGAAGACGUAUGGAUGAACUCGAACCAAAUAAAUGAAGCGAUUACUGGUGCAAAAAGGAUUGAAGCCAGAAAAUACUAUAGAAUGACAACAAAAAAGGAAACAAAAACCACUUUUCUAGAAGGAACUAUCACAGAAUUAAUUAAACAGAUGCAAGAGCUGGCAGCUAAUUAUACUAAGCUUAUCACAAUGAUGACAUUCCAAGCUGGACCUAGAAUGAGAAACAGA